CACGGAGAGUGGGGAGGAGGUCAUGAUGGCGGCCCCAGAGGCGGAAGUGCAGCCCCCGGCUGCAGUCUCUGAUUUGGAGUGGUGUGAGAAGUCGGAGGAAACCCACGACCCCCAGAUAGAAGUUGAGACCACCUCCGCCCAGGAACCUCCCAACCCUUCGGAGCGCCUUCGCCCCAGAGACUGCGUGGUGCCAGUGGUGUUUCCCGGGCCUGUCAGCCAGGAAGGGUGCUGUCGGUUUACUUGUGAACUUCUGAAGCAUAUCAUGUACCAACGCCAGCAACUCCCUCUGCCCUACGAACAGAUUAAGCACUUCUACCGAAAACCUCCCCAGGCAGAGGACGUGGUGAAGAAGAAACCUCGGGCCACUGCCGAGGCGAGCAGCAGGAAAUGCCAACAAACCCUGGCAGAAUUGGAGAGCGUCCUCAGCCACCUGGAGGGUCUCUUUGCCCGGACUCUAGUACCACGAGUGCUGAUCCUCCUUGGGGGCAAUGCCCUCAGUCCCAAGGAGUUCUAUGAGCUUGACUUGUCCCGCUUGGUCCCCAACAGCAUGGACCCGAACCUGAGCACAGCAGCUUGUUUGCGCCGCCUCUUCCGAGCCAUUUUCAUGGCUGAUGCCUUCAGUGAGCUGCAGGUUCCUCCACUCAUGGGCACCAUUGUCAUGGCACAGGGUCACCGCGACUGUGGAGAAGACUGGUUUCGACCCAAGCUCAACUACAGAGUGCCUAGCCGGGGCCACAAAUUGACUGUGACCCUGUCCUGUGGCCGACCCGCCAUCCCAGCUACAGCCUGGGAGGAUUACAUUUGGUUCCAGGCACCAGUGACACUGAAGGGCUUCCACGAGUGAAUGGGAAUGCUCAUCGUGAACACAAUGGCUAAAUUAUCUUUCCCCCUGUGGCACCAAGUCACCCAUCUCUUGCUUGGAGCUAGUUAAUUCCUGGUGAGAGGAAGGUUGUCUCCUUCUGGCUGCCUGCCUCCCUUAGACUUCCCGGGGGGCUGAUGGUAUGGCUGGGGCUGUAAUAAUCAUCACUGAACAAGCAUCUCUUUGAAUCAAAGGCUGAUUUUCCCAGAGGGUUCUGGGUCAGGUGUUUCUUUUGGAGGUUGGAAAGCAAACAUGGGCCCAUAGACAGACACCCCUAUGGAGGUGACCCUUUUCUGCUUUUUGCUGUGGCCUUUCAGAAUUUUUACUAGGGACAUAAUGUGGAUAUGACUCAUGAACUUAAAUAUAAAAUGUAUGGAUUAAUGUUACAUUUUCCUGAAAC